CUAAUAAAAAAUUAUAUGAAACUUCAUUGUCAAGAUUUUGUUUUCAUUUUUAUCAGGCUUAUAAGCAUAGAUCUUCAUUUGACCUCAUUUCCAUCAAAGCCUAAGGGCAAGACAAUCAUGUUUCUUCUUCACAAAUCCAGAGCCUUCCCUUUCCUCUUAAUCAUCAUCUCUGCACUUAUUAGCUCCAUAGAUUGCCAGGCAACUUACAACUCUCAUAUCUGUCUAGGUGCAGCUAAUGACACCGCCAGUGCUAAUUUCAGAUCAAACCUUUCUGCCCUCCUGAAUUCCCUAUCUUCCAAGGCCACCCUCAACAGCUUCUACAAUGAUUCAUCUAAUGGAAUCUACAACCUCUAUCUCUGUCGCGGCGAUGUUUCAAGUAGUACCUGCCAAUUCUGCGUUGAUACUGCUGUUCAAGAAAUCCAGCAGCACUGCCCUUCCAAUAAAUCUGCAAUCAUAUGGUACGAUCAGUGCAUGUUGCGCUACUCUGAUACAAACUUCUUUGGGGUAGCACAAACCUUUCCUAGGGUGCUCAUGUGGAAUGUCCAGAACACUACCUCACCUGAUGAAACAAACUAUGGUGCUCUAGGACUAAUAUACAGUUUAAUUGAUUCCGUUCCAUCUACAGAAAAUAUGUUUGGAACAGAUGAAUCAGGAACAGCAAAAGGGACACAGAAAAGAUAUGCUUUGGUGCAGUGUACUAGAGAUAUCAAUAGUAGUUCCUGUACUUCAUGUUUGGGGCAAUUGAGCGAUGCUGUCACGACAUGUUGCCAAGGGAAGAUAGGUUGGCGUAUUCUAGCCCCAAGUUGCAACUUAAGGUAUGAGCAGACCCCAUUCUUUGAACAGCAAUCACCACCACCACAAACACCGUUGCCUGCAGCUCCACAACCAGUGCCUAAUAAUGAAGGCAAGGGAGGAAGCAAUACAACCAUAGUUGCAAUCGUCAUUGCUGUAUCUUCAGUUGUGGUACUUGGAGCUCUCUUGGGUUUCUGGUACUAUUCAUGCUACCGCAAGAGGAGAAGACAUUCAGAGGGUGAAACAAGCCAAGUAAUUCUACUAGGAAAUUUAGAAGGCUCAAAUCGCAAGCAAUUGAUGGAUGGGGAGAUGCAUAUAAGCAACGAUGACCACAACGGAGAAGUGCAUUACUUCAAUUUGAGCACCAUUAAAGCAGUUACAAACAAUUUCUCUCUUGCAAAUAAGCUUGGAGAAGGAGGUUUUGGCCCAGUUUACAAGGGGAAGCUGCCUGAUGGACAAGAAAUAGCUGUUAAAAGGCUUUCAAUGACUUCAAAGCAAGGUCUUGAUGAGUUUAGGAAUGAAGUGAUGGUAAUUGUCAAACUUCAACAUAAGAAUCUUGUGAGGCUAUUAGGAUAUUGCAUGGAAGGAGAUGAAAAGCUUCUCAUCUACGAGUACCUGGCCAACACUAGCCUUGAUGCCUUCCUGUUUGAUCCAAAAAGAAGUAGAGAGCUUGAUUGGGCAAAGCGUGCAAACAUUAUAACUGGAACUGCAAGGGGCCUUUUAUAUCUACAUGAAGACUCUCGGCUCAAAAUCAUCCAUCGGGAUAUGAAAGCAAGCAAUGUUUUGUUGGAUGAUGAGAUGAACCCAAAAAUAUCCGAUUUUGGCACUGCAAGAAUUUUUGGUGGCAAUCAACUAGAAGCCAACACUGACAGAGUUGUUGGCACAUAUGGAUACAUGGCUCCAGAAUAUGCACUAGAAGGAGUUAUUUCAAUCAAGUCAGAUGUCUACAGCUUUGGAAUCCUAAUGCUAGAGAUCAUAAGUGGUAAAAAGAACAGGGGCUUCUACAACCCAGAGCAUGACCCUAGCCUUCUGUUACAUGCCUGGAAGCUCUGGAAUGAAGGCAAAGGUGAGAAUUUGAUAGACCCGAACAUAGUUCAUUCUUGUCCCAGAAGUGAAGCCUUGAGAUGGAUCCAUAUCGCUUUGUUGUGUGUUCAAGAUGACCCUGCACAAAGACCCACAAUGUCAUCAGUUGUUCUCAUGCUGGGGAGCAAAUCUGUAAAUCUUCCUCAACCAUCAACAGCUCCAUACUCUAUGGGUAUAUUUACUACAAUGUCUGAUCAAUCUUCAAUAUCUGGGACAGGAACUGGCUUCCUUACAUCAGAUCGAUCAACAGCCAGUGUUUCUAGAUAGUUGAGAGACUGAUUAGAUACAUUCUUUUUCUACCACCCUGACAAUUUUUUACUUGUACGUAUGUAUUAUGGGUAGAAACGAUUCCUUUUUUAAAUAAAUAUUAAAAAAAAUAGCAUUGAUGAUUUUUCUGACA